AACAAAAUAUGAACGGUCUUAGAUUCUUCUUUUUUUCUCACAAAAAUACGAGCGGCCUUAAAAGUUUCCUUUUUUCGCAAGAAUACGAAGGGUAUAUGCAAAAUUAUGCUACUAAAAAAUAGGAUAAAAGCAACACAAAUUUUUGUGCCAAUUUGGUUUGUAUUGUUUCUCCUGUUUUUUACAAGAGUUGUGAAUUCUCUAUCUUAUUUUUAACUCUCUAUAAUUCUAAAGUAAAACUUUUAAAUUUGCAAGAACUAAUUAUUUGAUAUCUAUAGUGAUGCGAUAAAAAAGUUAUGUUGUAGAAUUAUGACUCAUUUCUUACAAUCUUCAUACCAAAACAAUAUCUGUCCAUUAUACAAUUUCAAUUUUUUUCAAUGAAAUGUAUUGUUAUUUCCUGAAAAAAAAAUUUCUUGUAAAAAAUACGUACGUCCAAAUUAUUGAUUUUUUUACAAUUGUAUAAAUUUAGAUAUGUAUUUAAUAUGACUGAUAAAAUUGUGUGUGCAUUUAAAGAAAAUCUGCUUGUUUGAAACUGGUCACAACAUUGCCAUAUUUCUGCUUAUUCUUUUUCUAAUUUCAAUGUACAUGUUUUACAUUAAACUGCAUGCAGUACAGUACCGUAUCCACUCUUCAAUGCAAUAGAUAAAUUGUUUGAUUAAUAUGUACAUUUUAUGUAAACCAUUUUUAUGGGAUAAACUUAAGGUGAACACAUUAUUAUUAUUUUAUGAGUAUUAUUAUCAUUGCUUUAUAUUCUGUAAUCAUUCCUCACAAUAAACACAAUCUAUUUCACUAAAGCGGGGCUGGGUGUUGAUUUAACAAAAUUCCAGAAAAAAAUGCUGUUCUGUCCGCCUGCGAAAUGUCCAGGAAGUGGAAACAAGAUGUAAUAGAGUUAGGAAGCCGCCUUGAUCGAUGUUCAAACCUUUUGCAUUCUCAAUUCAAGGCCAACUCCAGGGAUUCAAGCGACGAUAUGGCCCCGGCCAACCACACUGUCGAGAAGGUUGUACGGGACAAGAAUACAAUUGUUCAAAUCACUGUACACACCAAACCAAACCAGAAUAUUCCGCUAAAAUCAAACGACAGCAAAUCCGCCAAACAUUCCGAGCGCAAGCCGACCAGCCGAAGCCCUCGUCGUACAAAACCUGGAAGAACAAAGUCUGUAGCUGUCGAAAAAGAGGUUUUGACUCAGGAACGAACUGUGCCUAAUCUUAUUGAAGAACUUAAACAGAUAAUUCAAGCCAGCGGUGUCAAGGAUGUUUACGAGUUUCUUAAAGAAAUUGACGAGCAAGACUCUCGGAGAAAAUCUGAACCAAUCAAACCUGUCUCUGGACCCAGUGGAGGAACCUGCAUCAACCCUCCGAAAGAAACUAGAAAAGAUAACGGAAGGAAAGAUAAUGAGGAAGUAAAAGAGCGAAGGAAAGAAUGGGAGGAGGAACGUGCAAGGAAUAUGGAAACUUUGACAAAAUAUAAAUCUGAAAUUGCAAGGUAUAAGAGAGCGUAUGAAACCACAUUAGCUCAGACCAGGAUAUCCCAGGAUACUAAUGAGAGCUUAAACGCCCAGGUAGUUGAACUGAAGCAGAUGAUUUCCAGGUUGACCGGAAACAACAGGAACCUGGUCCAGCUUGGUUCUGAUAGGGCAGCACAGGAAGGGAAGCUGCUAGAACUAGAGAAUAAGAAUAAGCUUCUAAACAGUCAGCUUGAUAAAGAGAUAGCAACCGUAAAAGCCUAUGAAGCAAAAUUCAGGGAGCAGGAGGCUGAGAUAGCGAGGUUGCGAAGUCUAACCGUUGAUAUCCGAGCUCAGCUACAACAUGGUCUAGAAGGACUGGAGCUCCCGAGGCCCGGUACAACUCUGCCGCAAUCCCUGGUUAACCGAACACAAGAUAUUCUUGGACAAACCCUUUACAAUCAUGCUCCAACCAAACCAAACCAUCCUUCUCCAACCAAACCAAACCACCCUGCCGCGAAUAGGAAACAAGUUCGUGGCUUCAGACCCACAGACUCAGCCUCUAACACAGACUCGGGAGCAUCGAGGCCAACCUCCCCUUCCUCUGAUUCUGCUAUUGAGGAUCCAGCCUCCGAAAGUAGAAGUUUAGCAGUACCUGUGUUUAAUCCUCCUCCACCUCCGAAAUACCUGCCUCCAAACUUUAGCUCUGGGACUGGUGUCCAGGAACGCUCUUUACCAGAACAUAUAUUUAAAAGCAACACAGGAACGCCUUCUACUCAACCACCACCAAGCACCAAUUCUUCCAUUCAUUUUAAUAGACAAGAAUUCGGCGGGAACCCUUCGUCCAAACAGCAUGGAGAUCGGCGGGCUCCGCCUCAUUACUAUGCACAUUCCCCUCCAACACGUCAGGUUUCUGGAUCGAGAUUACACUCAAUCAUUGAACCACAGUCCCUGCACCGAGGGGGGUCAGAGACAAACAAAUUAGCAGGAGUUGGAGUUCAGGAACGUCAAGCAGCGGGUCAGGGAGGUCAAGAAGAUGGCAAGGGAGGUCGUGAUGGUGACCACUCAUCUGCUUCUAGAAAUCUCUUUACUCGGACCAGGAGUUCAGUUCUCGUUAAUUCGAUUCAGUCUUUCUCUUCUCAACCUUCAGAUCCUUCUAGGCUUCAAUCCAACACUGCAGGACUCAAUCCCCAGCAAUCCAAUACCGCCGAUCUCUCUGCUUUCCCCGCCGUGUUUACCCCGGCGCAGCUCAACCUUGAGGAAACAGCAUCGCCGGACGAAAUGGAUGAAGAAGUGUCUAACAACAAGUCAACUCCUGCCACUGUAAUUGAGAAAGCUGGAGGAGAAAUGCUUAGAAAAGGAAGUUUAGAAAACAAAGUGCAAGCUUUCUUGGACCGACUUCAUCAGGAAAGCCUUAAUUACUCCUUGCCCCAAGCACGCUCAUUUCAAGGUCCAUCCUUCCAUCUGAGUGUGAGUGGAGAAGAGGAGGGGUUGGACAAUCUUUCUAGGGAGACAACCCUCACCGAGGGAAGGUUUAGGAAGGGUCUGGAGACAUCAAUAGAAACCCUUCCGCAGGAGGAUUUCUAGCCGUUUAGCAAACCCCUCCGCAGGAGGAGUUCUAGCUGUUUAGCAAAUCUUUCCGCAGAAGGAGUUAUAGUGGUUCAGUAAACUUUUCCGCAGAAGGAGUUCUAGCCGUUUAGCAAACAUCUCCGCAGGAGUGGUUUUAGCGGUUAGAAUUGAGUAUUUUUUAUGGAAAACUCAAAUUUCCGUUCAUUCAUUUUUAGUAUAAAUAGAUUUCUCCUUUGCUCAUAUUAUCACAUAUUUAUUUUUCAAUGCAGUUAAAAUUAUAUUAUUCAGUUCUAUGAAAAUUCUAAUUGCAUAUUUUUAACAAUCAAGAUUAAGUUUAACCUUUUAUUUGUAAAGCCGUACAUUCCACGUUAUAAAAUAAGAACUUAGGUUGUAAGCUUGUUACGGUCGUCUUUUUAUGUUUUAAACACCAAUAUUAUUAUCUGAAACCAAUAUACUCAUGUAAAUUGUUCAAUUUCGAAAGAUUUUAUAUCAGAUGAAACAAUUCAUCUAUUCAUUAUAAGAGGGAUCAGAAUUCUGAUUUUCCGAUGUCAUUCUUUUAUCUUGAUGGCAUUUAAUGGCCGGGGUAAAAACGGCGAGAAGAAUAUAAAUGUAUGUAAAUAUUCGAAUUAUUCUGAAAAAAAAAUAACUCAAACCUAUUAUAUUUUGUAGGAUGUAAAUCAGUUCUCUAUCAAAUUAAGUACAAACUCA